AUGGUCUGCCUAACCUACCAGAGACGGUUUUUGGAAGCCCUGCAGCUCGGGGAGGAGACCUUGCGGCUCUUCAGAUCCGCCUCCGUUCUUCGGCUGCUGGGCGAAGUUCGAAACCAGCUGGGCCUACAGCUGGCCACGGAGGAGCCGCAGCGAGCGGCCGCCGCUUUCCGAGCGGCUCAAAGUCACUUCGCGGAGGCAGAGGACUUAGCUUCAGGCUACCCGCAAAGCUACACGAGCUGGGCGCUCUCUUACACGAUGUUGGGGGACCUAUCUGGCGCCGAGCAAGUCGCGCUCAAGGCCGUGCAAAGCUGCUGUGGCUUUUGGGUGCAUCCGCUGCAAAGACCUGGCCAUUUCGUGCCUGGCCUCACGUCCAAAGCCUGGCACGAGGCGCAGCUGUUUCCCUGGAUGGCCAAGUUAGAGCUGCACUGGCGCGAGAUCCGCGAGGAACUGGAGGCUCUGGAGGACGGCGAGUCCUGGCCAGAGGUCCGAGGGCACGACCGCAACCUAGCAGGAGGGACCGGCGUCUGGCGCGAGUUCUCCUUGCUGGGACUUUCUGCCUCGUUGGAUGACAUGGCGAGACGAAGCUGUCCAAAGACGACUGAGCUUCUAGAGGAGGUGGAGGCCGUUCGCAGCCACCGGGACCUCUGUCCGGGCGAGGAGACGGCCCUCUUCUCCCGCCUGACGCCUGGCACGCAGCUCAAGCCGCAUUGUGGGCCGAGCAACCUACACCUGACCUGCCACCUCGGCCUGAAGGUGCCACCCGGUUGCGCCAUCCGGGUGGGCCAUGAAUGGCGGACCUGGGCGGAGGGCCGAUGUUUGGUCUUCGAUGACUCCUUCGAGCAUGAGGUCCGGCAUGACGGGGCCGACAAUCGAUUUGUGCUCCUGGUGCGCUUCUGGCACCCGGACAUUUGCCCUCGGCAUCGAGAAGCGCUGCUGGCAGCGAAAGCAAAGCUGCGGAAGCUCAAGGACUGGACGCUGCGCUGA